UAGUGGCACACUUCAAGUCUUACAUUUAGUCCAUGAGUCAGGGGGUUGGUAGUGCUAAACAAUAAUUUUUAAAAAACAUUUCUACUGGUACGCUCAUAGAAAUUCAUCUACUUGAUCGAGUAGUUGAAUCAGUAGUCCAAAGUGUCCAUCCCUGAAAGACCGGAUAAGCAGGAAUAUGACAAGCUCCAUAUCAAAACAUCAGGUGAAAUGAAACUGUGGACUCUCAAUCUUCAAAAACCACGAAGCACAGACUCAGCGGACCAGCCAGAAAAGUUUGCUCGCCCAAACAGAAAAGUGCAUGAAGGAACUUUGGGCCAAUGAUGGAGGCCUGGCCAACAGUGGCCUGGGUGCUGCUAAUGACCAGCGUCGCUGAUUGGCUGAGAACGGUCCAGUCACGAGACUUCACCAUGACGGACAUCAUCCUGCUGCAUCCCUCAACUACUCCUCAUCCUGGAGGCUUCAAGUGCUUCACGUGUGAAGACGCUGCAGAUAACUAUGAGUGUAACCGCUGGGCGCCGGACGUCUACUGUCCAAAAGAUGCCAGAUACUGCCACACGCUCCACAUGAUGGAUAACCACGGCGACAGUGUGUCCGUGACCAAGCGGUGUGCGACCCUGGAGAACUGUCUGUUUACCGGCUGUGCUGAUGUCACUGAUAACGGCUAUCAGAUGUGCUCAUCCUGCUGUGAGGGCAACAUCUGUAACGUGUUGGUGCCGAGGAACGCCAGCAGCUCCGUCUUCUCCUCCACUUCUCCUCUGGUCAGCUCGAGCGGAGGGUUUCUUCCUGCGACGCUGAGCUACGUCAUCAUCAUCAUCAUCUGCAUCUUCACAGCUGGACAUGUUUGAGAGGGGAAACUCUGCAUCUGUGUGCAUAUCAGACCGAACUUAAAGGUGCUCUAUGCAACACUCAGAGCAUUAAAGAGGACCUAUUGUGCUUUUUUCCCCUUUCCUUUAGUGUGUUAUUUAGUGUUUUUGUGCAUGUAAAAGGUCUGCAAAGUCCACGCCAAAGGGAGAAACACUGCUCCUGAACUGCCUGAAACGCCUCCCUUGAAGCCCCACCUUUUCUUCCGUAACGUGGUGAUGUCACAAAGUAACCUAACCACCUACUAAUAGUCUCGAGCAUCCAGACUAACCUAUUUGGUAACUUUGAAAAUGUAUUACAACCAUUUGCAACAAAAUGUCAUUUGAACUUGUUAUUUUUUUUACGCUUGACUGGACCUUGCUGUAAAAUAAGCACCAUGUUCUCAUAAAAAAGUAUACAAAG